CCCUUCUCUCCCGCCUCACCAGCCGCUGCCAAUCUAGAUUCAUAACAAAAUACUCUCCAUCUGCUCCAUCGCCCAUCAUGCCUCAGCCCGUCCCCACCGCCAACAGACUCCUUGAUCUCUUCAGCUUGAAGGGCAAGGUCGUCGUCGUCACAGGCGCUUCCGGCCCCCGAGGCAUGGGAAUCGAAGCUGCCCGUGGCUGCGCCGAAAUGGGAGCUGACCUCGCCAUCACCUAUUCCUCUCGCAAGGAGGGCGCAGAGAAGAACGCCGCCGAGCUGAGCAAGGAAUACGGCGUCAAGGUCAAGGUGUACAAGGUCAACCAGAGCGACUACAGCGAUGUUGAGCGCUUCGUGAACCAGGUGGUGUCUGACUUUGGCAAAAUUGAUGCCUUUAUCGCAAACGCCGGAGCCACAGCCAAUAGCGGAGUUGUCGACGGCAGCGCCAGCGAUUGGGAUCAUGUCAUCCAGGUCGACCUCAACGGCACCGCAUACUGCGCAAAGGCCGUUGGCGCGCACUUCAAGAAGCAAGGCCACGGCUCCCUCGUUAUCACGGCUUCCAUGUCCGGCCACGUCGCAAACUACCCCCAAGAGCAAACCUCAUACAACGUCGCCAAGGCCGGCUGCAUCCAUUUGGCGCGGUCUCUGGCCAACGAGUGGCGCGACUUUGCCCGCGUCAACAGCAUCUCGCCCGGCUACAUCGAUACCGGCCUGUCUGACUUUAUCGACGAGAAGACGCAAGAGCUGUGGAGAAGCAUGAUUCCUAUGGGACGAAACGGCGAUGCCAAGGAGCUCAAGGGCGCGUAUGUAUACCUUGUCAGCGACGCCAGCUCGUACACGACGGGAGCCGAUAUCGUGAUUGACGGAGGCUACACUACCCGAUAGA